AAAAACAUGGUGGCAGCCUACUCCGAACUAUGACCUGUAAUUUAUAGCCAACUUCAGAGGAGGAGUGGCCCCAUGACAAAUACUCUUGCGCCGCAGUUGCUGGUCGACCUAAGUGACUUCAUCAUGGGGAGCACGGUAGCUAAAUGUGCUGUCACCGACCUCGGCAUCCAAUGGGCCGGCUGGGCGCUGGCGGCGGCGUUCAAAACCGAGAAGUUCUACGACUUGGCAGGAUCUGGCACGUUUAUACUGCUUGCCCACCUGAGCCGUCUAUGGGGAAGGGCAGGCCACUUUCGUCAGAAUGUCCAGACAGGGCUGGUUACAGCGUGGGGGCUCAGGCUGGGUACAUUCCUCUUCAUGCGGAUCUUGAAGGACGGCCAAGAUCGAAGGUUUGACCAUGUCCGAGGGAGCCCAGGCACUUUCUUUGUGUACUGGACUAUUCAAGCUGUGUGGGUGUUUGUGACUCUGCUGCCCACCCUUAUGCUCAACAGCGAAACGCGGGACACACCUCUGGGAACGAGGGACUAUCUCGGUUGGACCCUCUGGGGCAUCGGCUUUGCCACCGAAGCUAUCGCUGAUCAGCAGAAAUUAAUUUUCAAACGGGACCCAGAUAAUAUCGGUAAGUUCAUCCAGAGCGGACUGUGGGCCUACAGCAGACACCCCAAUUAUUUUGGAGAGAUACUGCAGUGGUCAGGUCUGUGGCUCUCAGCCUCGUCAGUGAUGCAAGGUCCUCAGUACCUGAGUGUCGCGUCACCGCUAUUUGUCUGGUUCCUGCUGCGCCAUGUCAGUGGCAUUCCCAUCCUCGAAAGGCAGGCCAUGAAGAAGUGGGGGUCAGACCCAGGAUACCUGGACUACCUCAAGAACACUCCAAUUCUGUGGCCAUGGCCAAAGUUUUGAAUUUUAUACAGUAUGUAUUGUUUGUAAUGCACUAAAAAUAAAAUCACAUUCUUCCUUUGCCACUUAAAAACAGCCUCGAUGUUAUAUUCUAACAACAUAUUUAUCACUACUUAGUGAUCAUGCGUCUUAAAAAAAAUCUUCAUAAAGUAACAUACAGUGUAUCACUAAAGUGACACCCCUCGCAUUUCUGCAGAUAUUUGAGUACGUAUAUCUUUUCAUGGAACAGCACUGACAUGGCUGUCACCCAAGGAGGAAGACUUUUCUGAAGACGGUACACAAGAAAGCCCGCAAACAGUUUGCUGAAGACAUGUCAACCAAGCACAUGGAUUACUGGAACAAUGUCCUUCCUCCCGGGGUGACAGCCAUGCACACCAAUUUGAUUUAGAGUGCGGCGUCUGGUCUGAGCACUAACAGGCUGACCCCCCACCUCUUCAAUCUCUGCAGCAAUGCUGACAGCACUCCUGUAAUGAGUCACAUGACAUUUUGGAGGGGAAAUGACAAGCAG